AUGGGCGAUGAGACUAACCGACGGUCUCUGCGCGGAGGCGAAGACAAGCACGAGAGUGCCGAUUUGUACAACUUCGACAGUUACCUUGCCACAGGCGUGCCUGAGCAGCUUACUAUGAACGUUGUUUCAAAAGUGCCGGCCGGUGCACGGCUUCGGCAUAACCCCGAGCUAGACGAUUUCAAAGACGCCGUUGAGAGGUAUCCCCUAAACCUGGUGGACCUACGAACGAAGACAGACCGGCGUCAAUAUUCAUUGCCACCUACCAAACAGGUAAAUCGCAACAAGGAUCCGCUGGACUCGAAGCUAUUCGAGGCUUUCCAUAAGAGGGGCGAGAAAGAGGAAAAACGGUUUGCCCGUGACGACAGGAACAAGCUUUUGCGCGAGUAUCAAAACUGUAUGGAGCUGCUCGGCAAGCUUGGAGGGUCUAAGGCAGAGCAAAAAGACGAUAGACUGCGGUUUUUGCUUGAGACCACGAAGAUUAAUAAUGUCAACGACCCAAUGGAAUUGGACAUUAAGUUCAUGUUGACCGUGAAAGAGUUGAUACAUUUCGUUCUAAACUAUGAGCGCGUGAAGCAGCUCGAGGGAGAGAUCAAAUCAACGCUGGAUAAAGACCGUUGGGACGAGCCAGAUGGUGAUCUGGAACAAAUUCGAGCACACCGGAAACGCCGCAUGAUCCGCAAUCACGGGCCCACUGUCAAGAUCAAGUUCUUGGAUGGUAUCGUCCUGCAGUUUGAUCCUUUAGGUCGCGCUAAAAUACAUAGACGUUAA